AUGGCAGAACAGGCUGUGCCCACGGCCAUUGCUGCCGAGGACGAGGCUGCUAAGGCGGUCGCGUCUCUCACGAUCGGCGGAGAGAACGUUGAGAAGGAUGCUGCUCAUCGGUCUCACGAUCCCAGCAGCAACCAGAAGCGGACGGACCCGUUCAUGUUUGGCCAGCGGUUCCUCACAGAAGAGGACAACGUGUUUGAGUACAACGCGUGGGACCAUGUCGAGACGGACGACGCAUUCAAGGAGUAUGCAGAGAAGCAGUACGAGCUGCAGCGGCAGUCACCGGUGUCUGACUUUGACAAGACUCGUUUCAAUGGCGACCCGGCCAAGUGGUGGAAUCUUUUCUACAAGAACAACACGGCCAACUUUUUCAAGGACCGCAAGUGGCUGCAGCAAGAGUUCCCCAUCCUAGACCGUAUGUGUGAGCCGGACGCCGGCCCGUCCACCAUUCUCGAGAUCGGUGCGGGUGCGGGCAACACGGCCUUCCCCAUCCUGAAGCGUAACCAGAACCCACAGCUGCGGAUCCACGCAUGCGACUAUUCCAAGACGGCCGUGCAGGUGAUGCGCACGCACGAGGCGUACGACACCCGCUUCAUGCAGGCCGACGUGUGGGACGUCACGGGCACGGGCGAGCAGUCGCUGCCGCCCGGCCUCGCGCCAGCGUCGGUCGAUGUGGCCAUCAUGGUCUUUAUCUUCUCGGCGCUGGCGCCGGGGCAGUGGGAGCAGGCUGUGGCCAACGUGGCGCGCGUAGUGAAGCCGGGCGGUCUCGUGCUCUUCCGCGACUACGGGCGCGGCGAUCUGGCCCAGGUUCGCUUCCGCAAGGGCCGGUAUCUGGAAGAGAACUUUUACAUUCGUGGCGACGGGACGCGGGUGUACUUUUUUGAGCAGGACGAGCUGGUGAAGAUCUGGACAGGAGUGGGAGGUGCAGAGGAUGGGGAUGAGUCUGAGUCUGACGUAGGCAAGACGGCCGGUCUGUUUGAGCUCGAGAAAAUGGGCGCAGACCGGCGACUGAUUGUCAACCGGGCGAUGAAGCUCAAGAUGUACCGCUGCUGGCUGCAAGGACGCUUCCGCAGGCUAUAA